AUGUCUACUCUUGAAGAUAAGCAACUUUGGGAAAAAGCAGACGAAGAAGGUUUAGAAGAACUUGGCCAAGAAAUUUUAAGAUCUAACCCUGAGGAUAUUAAUAAUCGCACACGUUUACUUGACAAUGAAAUGAAGUUGCUUGAUAUGGAUCCAAAUGAUGAACCAGAAGAAGAUGGUGCAAAUAUAGAUCUUGAUGCACACCGUAAAGGAAAGUGUGCCGUGAUCAAGACAUCUACACGACAAACUAUUUUCUUGCCUUUAAUUGGUCUUGUUGAUCCCGCAACCAUCAAACCAGGUGACUUAAUUGGUGUAAAUAAAGAUAGUUAUCUAGUAUUAGACACAUUACCAGCGGAAUAUGAUUCUCGUGUUAAAGCUAUGGAAGUUGAUGAGAAACCAGCGGAAGAUUAUAAUGAUAUCGGUGGCCUUGAUAAACAAAUUGAAGAAUUGGUAGAAGCUAUAGUGUUACCGAUGACGCAUGCAGAAAGAUUUAAAAAUUUGGGUAUAAAACCACCAAAAGGUGUUCUUAUGUAUGGUCCUCCUGGUACUGGCAAAACAUUGCUGGCAAGAGCUUGUGCUGCACAAACCAACUCUGCAUAUUUAAAAUUAGCUGGUCCACAACUAGUACAGGUAAAUAAAUAA